AUCGAAACUUAUUGUAUGUUCCCUUACUCGCUUAACACGAGGCUGUGGGGUUUCCCUUAACUUUCGUGAUAUAAGUAAACAGCUUUGCAACGUGUUUUUACAGCUCUGCAUACAGCAUUUAUAAGCGAGCGACACUAGUAGUGUUUUGCAUUGUGGAGGCUGCGAACAGGACCUGGCUCAUCCAAAGCGGAAGACUCUGCGCGUUGGAAAAUGUAUUUUUUGCCGUUUCACAACAUAAACCAUUAGUGAUUUACAGUUUACAACAGCUAACUCUACCUGCCUACCCUGUGCUUUGUUUGUUGUUCGUAACUGGUUUUAUUUUUCACGAGACUCUUCGGCAGCAAUCGUUAUAUAAAUCUCGUUUGGGAAAGCUCCAGGAGCAGCAACGUAAAAACGUGCCACUUUUUUCCACUGCCGCCACUUUCACUUUAACUAGGUGCUCUCAGUUUGCAACUGGCCUGCCCUGACUUUCCAGCAGGGUCUGCUGGUAGUGCUAGAGGACAUACAAUCACACAGAAGCUGCACAGCCAGCUGCACCGGCCCCCUUCACGCUCAACCCCUGCGCUAUGAGCAGAGGUAGAGGAGGGCCUUCCAGAGAACACUACCACAGACAUCCACCACCCCACCUCCAGGCCAAGGACAAUUAUUACAGAUCUGGCCCAGCCUCACUCUUCCCGAGAGCUGGCCCACAGCCGAGCCCAUAUCCAAGUUACUACAACAGCCUUGCCCAUCCUGUAGUGCCCAUACAACCCCCAGCUCCUUUCAUCCCCUCUGCUCCACCCAUACCAAGCCACAGUCAAGUGGCCCCUAAACCCAUAACCCCCAACAGCUCACAUAAUCAGAAUCUUGGUCCCAGUCCUGCUAAUAAUUCUUUUCAGUACCAACAGGUACAGUUCCUCAGAGGACAGAGCUCUGAGGCUCCACAGUUCAGAGCCAGUCCACGAGGAGGUGGAGGGGGAGUUGGACCUGGAAGGUCGCCUAGUUUUUUAUACCAGCCCCAGUCAGGGUAUAGUAGAUAUCCAAACCCUAACAGCAGCCCAAAGGGUAGAGGGGGUUAUAGCCAGGACCAGAGUUUUGCACGCCCACCUAGUGUAGGACCCCCACCAGGCACCCCAGGCCCUCGACAUCUGAAUCAAAACCAGCUACAAAGUAAAAGCCACAGCCAAUACUCCAACAGACAAUGGGGCGUCCAACCUGAGUCUGUGUGUGACAAUUUUCAGAGCUUGUCCCUCCGAGACAGGCACAACAGAGGAGGAGACAGGUUUGACAGACAUUCUGCAUCCAGCAGAUCAGGGAAUUUGAGCUUUAGUAAAGGUAACAUCACACUCACUCCUGACAUCCAGGACCAGGUCCACAGGGCUCUGGCUGGUUUGAGGCCAAGUGAGAGCAUCUCUGCAAAGUUGUUGGCCAGAAAGCUGCAUCUGCCAAAGAAGAUAGUCAACCAGGCUCUCUAUGCUUUAGAACGCUCACAGAAAGCCUCCAAGCAAGGACUCCUCCCUCCUGAGUGGACUCUGUACAGAGGACCUCUCAGAGGCGAGGAAGAUCAAAACUCUGAAGUACAAAGUCCACCUCCCCAUCAGUGUGUCAGUUCAGAACACUCUCAAAACCCUGAAGCCAAGGUUGAGCUAAAAACAGAAACAGCAGAAAACAGGGGACAAGUAAAAGAAGAAGACUCUGACACAGAUUCCAGCUCUUCUUACUGCUCCUCUUCAGAGUCAUCGGACUCUGAAGAAUCUCAGUCACCAGCAAAAGGUCAACACCAGGAGGAACAACAUCCCAGUACUACCAGCUCCCCUGACCAAGAACUUAAGCUUCCCACAAUGACAGACCAAAAGGAGCAAGUUCUGCAGUACCUCCUGGAUUCAGGAGAGGCAACUGCUCUUGUCAUAGCCAAAAAUCUGGGUCUUAGGAGUGCUAAGCAGGUCAACCCCACCCUCUACGCCCUGGAGAAGCAAGGUGAAGUUGUUAAGAAUGGUGAAGUCAACCCUCCCACCUGGGAGCUCUCCAACCACCGCAGAGAGAGGAUGGAGAGGAGCCUCAAAGCCGCACAGAGCACUCCAGCUGAGGGGAGCCAGAUGGAGGUAGCCACUAGAGAUGAGAAAGGAGGUGGGUCCAUCUUCCUGCCGUCACCACCACUACCAAGCCUCGAACCACUGCCAUUUAAGGAGGGUUGGAUGCCAGAGCAAAGUCAUAGUGAAGCGCCUCAUUCCACCGUCCAGCCUCCCUCCUUUACUUCAAAACAAGAGGAAGAGACCAGCGAAGGACAGUGGGCCACCGACGAUAUCCCAGAAUUCCUAAAUGCCAUUCGCAGAGAAACAGACGCUGAGAGACUGGCCGCAGAGAAGACCAACGCUAUUGGAACUGUUGCUGUGUCGUUGGCUGCCCCACCUUCCCAGAACUUGUGGGCAAAAUUACAGGAGGUGAGACUGAAGAACCCUGUGAGUGGUCUUAUGGAGUAUGCCCAGUAUCUGGGCCAGAACUGUGAGUUCUUGCUCCUCGACCAGUCGGGACCCUCCCACGACCCAAGAUUCCGUAUGCAGGUGAUGCUCAACAGGAGACUUUUUCCUAUCGCAGAAGCUUCCAGUAAGAAGGUUGCAAAGAAGGACGCUGCUGCAGCCACCCUGCGCAUUCUCAUCGGAGAGAUGCAGGGAGGUGCGAGCACAGGAGACGAGGGAAAUACUGCCAGUAUGGACCAAGUGAUGGAUAUACUCUCAGAAACCAGUGGGGCAGCUGAAGGCAUGGGGGAAAUUUUUGGGACAAGUAGUGUGGAAGUGAUGGGGAUGGCAGAGGGAUCUCGUCAGCCGCUGUCCAGGUCUCUGCCUGGUGGGAAGAAUCCGGUGUCUGUCCUUAUGGAGUACAGCCAGCGCAGCGGGAACCCCAUUGAAUUCAUCAUCACUGGCCAAGCAGGCCCACCACAUGACCCGAGGUUUAUGUACAGGGUGAAGGUUGGAGAAAGUUUGUUUGCAGAGGCCUCGGCUCCAAGCAAGAAGGCAGCCCGCCAGCUGGCAGCAGAGGAGGCUGUCAAAGAAUUAAUGGCUGAUGGGAAACUACAGCUCAACAAGCCCCAGUUGCCCCUGGGCUCUUCCAGCGAUAGUGAUGCCGCUGCUUCUGGGACUACAUGCCCCUCUUUGCCCCCUCUGACAGCGGAUGAGUUGCGAGCAGCCCAUGAGGCAGGAGUUGGAGACCUCAUCAACCACCUUAACAACAACGCAGUAUCAGGUCUUCUGGAGUAUGCCAGAGCCCGGGGCUUUGCUGCUGAGAUCCGCCUGGUGGGCCAGUCUGGGCCACCACAUGAGCCUAAGUUCACCUACCAGGCCAAGCUGGGUGGACGCUGGUUCCCUCCAGUCUGUGCUUCAAACAAAAAACAGGGGAAACAAGAAGCAGCAGAUGCUGCUUUACGGGUUCUCAUUGGAGAGGCUGAGAGGGCAGCCCGCACUGGGGAGCUUAUCCCAGCGGAGCUUCCAGUGAGUGGCAGCACUUUGCAUGACCAGAUAGCAAUGUUGAGUCACCAGCGCUUCAACGCCCUGACCACACGAAUCCAGCACAGCCUUCUGGGACGCAAGAUCCUGGCCACCAUCAUCAUGAGGAGGGGGGAGGGCCUGGGGACUGUUGUCAGCCUGGGAACUGGGAAUCGCUGUGUUAAAGGGGAGGAGCUGAGCCUUAAAGGGGACACCGUUAAUGAUUGCCAUGCUGAAAUCAUCUCCAGAAGGGGAUUUGUUCGGUUUCUGUACAGCGAGCUGCUCAAGCACUAUGAUGGCGCAGAUGACAGUAUAUUUGAGCCAGCGGAAAAAACCAAACUGCGGAUCAAAUCUGACAUCACCUUUCACCUUUACAUCAGCACGGCACCAUGCGGGGAUGGGGCUCUGUUUGAUAAGUCAUGCAGUGAGACGGGGGAUGAGGUGGAGGGCCACCAGCCUCUGUUUGAGAAUGCUAAGCAGGGCAAGCUCCGCACCAAAGUGGAGAAUGGCGAGGGCACCAUCCCAGUGGAGUCAAGUGCCAUUGUACCUACCUGGGAUGGCAUCCAGCACGGCGAGAGGUUGCGAACCAUGAGCUGCAGUGAUAAGAUCCUACGCUGGAAUGUGUUGGGCCUGCAGGGGGCGCUGCUCACUCAUUUCCUGCAUCCCAUCUACCUGAAGUCCAUCACGCUUGGCUAUCUGUACAGCCACGGUCACUUGACACGUGCUGUUUGCUGUCGGCUGGCCAGAGACGGUGAAGCUUUCACCCAGAGUCUCCCUCCUCCCUUUAUGCUAAACCACCCUGAGGUGGGCAGGGUGAGUGUGUACGACUCUACACGUCACACAGGCAAGACCAAGGAAUCCAGUGUGAACUGGAGUUUUCCAGACCAGCACAGUGUAGAGGUGCUUGACGGGACCAAAGGCAAACUAGAUGGGAACAAAUUGGCUGUGUCCCGAGUGUCCAAAUCCAACCUAUUCGGUCUGUUCCGCUCUCUGUGCCAGCGGUGCGGCCGCACUGACCUCCUCUCCCUGCCUUCCUACGCUCAGGCCAAGAUGUCUGCCAUGUCCUUCCAGCUAGCCAAGCAACAGUUCUUCCAAGCACUCAGCGUCCACGGUUAUGGAGCCUGGAUCGGCAAACCACUGGAGGAGAAGAGCUUCGAGGCAGGGGAAGGAACUGGGAACAAUGGAGCAAAUUUCCCUGUGGGAUACAGCAGCAGUAGAAACGGAGGCACAAUGGAGUACAAACAAGAGGAGGCUUAGGAUGGUGCAAGGUGCAUUAUUAAGAGGGUAAUAUAAAUAUGUAAUAUGCAGGGGGAGAAAAGCACAAGGCAGGAGUAGAUCAAAAGGGUGGCUGCAAAGAAAGAAAAGGACAAACGGCAGCAACUGUAUCUUCUAAUGGAACAUGGUUAAAGGCUGCAGAGAAAGAUUGAUGGAAAGGGAAAUUACAACUGAGAGGGAGAAGAGAUGGGUGAGGAGAGGGCAAGGACAAGCCUGAAGGAUGAGUGGGGUCAAAAGUAGACAAACAGAACUUGGAAGAGUUUCAGGGGGUGUACAAAAUGAUGUAAACACUACAUGAAGAAUUAGUUUGCAGUCAGAAAAUCACCAUGGCAAACACUGCUACAAAACUGGGUCGUAUUAGCUUGUGAGACAAUCACUGUAUAUGUCAGCAUCCUUUAUACUGUUAAUUUCUGUUUGUCUUUUUCAUUGUAGUGUUUGGCAUAUUCUGCCAUUAUUUUAAGAGAACGCCACUUGAAAUGCAAAUUUAUUUUUGCAGGUUCUUUGAUCGUUGCACUUGCAUUUUGGACCCAGAUGAUUUAGACUCUCUAGAACACUGUCAGGUUUCUUGUUUUGCUGUUAAUUGGCAUUCAACCUAAUAUGACUUGCCAGUGUAGCAGUGUUUGUAAUUAAGUUCUUUUAGAGCUUAAGUCCUCUGUCAUCAAGUGCUUAUACUUUUUUUUUUUUUUAUUAUGCUGCCUGAAAAAACAAGCAGCGAGCAGAAUCAAUGGGACGCUCUCAGCAGAAAUGUUGAUUUUUGAAAAUUGCACUCAACCUAGUUAGAUGUCAUGACUAAACUUGUAAAUUAGUCUUUGCUCAAUGCAGUCCUAGCUUACAAUGUACAUAAAAAGAACAUCAAUGCCAACUUUUGCUCUGAUCAGUUACUAAACAAACAUUCACUGUCCAACAUUUGAGACUUAAGCUCCUGUACAUAUUCUUCUGUCAGGAUCCUCUCUGAUUUAAACCAGCUAUGUGAAUUUAAAGUUAAUGUACACCCUCAGCUGUCCAUCCAUCCACAUGUUGUUGCCAUGGUCACCAUUAGAACAGCAUGGGUCAGUGUGCCCCUUCGAUCAGUCCCAUAAUCUCUCUGUGCUUUUAUAUAGAAUUACUGAUGUCACGACUUCUAAGAAAUACAUUUGUUCCUAUGGCUUGUGUAUUAUUUUGAGUAUUUCUCCUUUUUUCCUCACCUCUGUCAAUAAGGUUAUCAGCAGCUGGCCAUGCUAGAAAGUCCUGGAAAGUAUAAACUGUCCUCCCUGUAUACUGUUUUUUUUUUUUUUUUUUUUUUUACAUCUUGAUGCCACAUUUGUGGUGAAAAGGCUUUCAGGUGCUGAUGCGUGGCCAGGUCCUGAGGACCACUAGGUGAGGACAGUUUUUGUCGUCUAAGGAGAUUGUGUAGUGUGUUCUUGAUUUGGUUACAUGUAGAUGAAUGAUGCAAUAUAUACAUCAGGUAUAUACAAAUACAUGAACACACAGAUGUACGGUGGGGUCCAAAAGCCUGAGUCCAAAAACGAACACAAAGCUUCAACAAAAAUAAUUUCUCAAUCUGAAUGUUUUUAUAUAUUUUAUUCAUGUGGUAAGUACAACACUUAGAAAGUCAAAAUUUCUCAAUAUGCGUGUGUCCACAGUUUCCAUUCGCCACUGUACAUGUAAUGUUCUGCAGAAAGACACGCAUAGUGCACAACACAGGGUUUUUUUAAGAUUUAGAGAAUCCACAUUAUCAAAGUUCUCUCUCUCAAGAGCAUCUUUGAGUUGUACUGUAAUAUUUUGUGAAGUAAAAAAAAAACAUGCAAGUCAACACUUCUUUUUUCUUGGACUACAAACAGUUUAACAUAGCUUUGAUGCACGUACAGCCAUUGUUUUGCUGAAAAAUGAAUGUCAGUGUGUAGUUGAUCCUUUUCAAGUCACCAACUCCACAAAAGAAGAAUAUCCCCAUCAGAAUAUACCCAUAACUGAAGGUUUUCAGUGCCAUGCUUGACAGUAGUUUUUAGUAUUUAUUGCUUAAACCCCUCAUGCAGCCACUUUAGGCCUGCAAAAAGCUCCCCAAUCGCAGCCCUAAAGUUCAAAUUCUGAUAGAUUUUCUUCCUGUGUGAUAAAGUAUUUUGUCAGCAGAAAUCCUUUAUUGUUUAGCAGCAAUAUAAAUUACACAUGUAAAGCAUAAUAUAGCAAAUCAGAUGGGUUUUUAUCAUUAAAAUGUACAGUUCUUGGCAGUGGACUCAGACUUUUGGACCCCACUGUAUGCAAAUAUGGAUGUUUGCGUAUGUGUUGUAUACCUGUAUAUGUCUGUGUGUGUAUGUACAUGUAUAGGUUUAAUGUAUAUAUUUUGUAAAUCAUCUACAGUGGCUUUUCUAUAAUUUUUUCCGAAUAUUUUAAUUAAAUUGCAAAAGAUAUGCUCUUUUUUACCAAUGAUGUUUGGAAAGUUUGAAGAAGAUUAAAAAUAAGUAGCAAUGUUUCAGUGCA